GUCCGAAGCAGAUAUCGUCUCUGAGCGUCAGGCAGCGGCACCAGAAGUAUCAGCAGCGGAUCGACUCAAUGCUCCGGAUGCUGCAAGUGCCAAUGUGAAUCAAGCUCAGCCCGAACCAAAGGUCUAUGUUAUGCUUCCGCCUCUCUCUGAGAAAAAGAAGGCAUACAAGCACUUUGAUGACUGGGACUUCGACGUCUCUGAGGAAGGGCCUGCGGGAGAGCCGGAAGAAGUCAUAGGUGACUACGAGCAAUACGGACAGUCUUAUUUCUUUGCCAGACUGGAAAAUGGCACAAUUCGUAGAUAUUCUGCUGCAAGAUUCUGGCAUGACUAUGAACACUUGAUACAAGACUACGACCGCAGGAAAGCGGAAGGAAACUUGGCUCCUUUCGACCCGUCUUCCGCCUUAAUUCACCCGAAGUCCCGGGUCCUCUUGACCAUUAGCAUCAACCGGCAGAUGGAGAAACGACGAAAGGGCACGCAGCGAAACCGGAUAUACGUCCCUGAUUCAGACAAAGAUGCUGUCCCAGACGCCGUGGACGAGUCCGAAGGGAUCAGUGAUAACGAAUUCGCACUUUCAGAGGCAGAUGUAUCGGGUAGGCGGACGACGAACGUCGUGGCCGGGGGUAGGAAGAAAACAAUCAGAGUCUUACCCUUCAGUCCCAAAAAGACUCGAUCUGGUAAAGCGUUCAUUGCCUCUGAUGGCUCCGAUGCGGAGGAAGACGGCAGCGACGCUGGCGAAGUCGCACCCGCUCGUAGGUCAACCAGGGCGCGAAAGAGUGCGCGGGGUAACCUGGCCGAUGAGGCGUACCUCGACGAUGAGUUGGACUUGCUUGCAGACAGUGAUGAUGAAUCGACCCGGCAGAGACCCGCCAAGAAGAAGGCCAAGCAAAGGCGUAGAAAAGCUACACGUCCCGCUUAUGGACAUCUUCGCUCCGUGGAUGAGCUGGAGUACGACCCAUACUCUGACGACGAGACUGCGCCGCUUCGACAGCACCGGAAUAUCUGCGAGAAAUGUCAUCGCAAACCUACCCACAUCCUGCUUAUAGAGGCGAAGAAAGGGAAACGAGGACGGCUUAGGAAGAACAAGAACUCUGAUGAGGAAGAAGACGAUGAUGAUAUUGCCAGAGUGACGGCGUUAGGGGGAUGGGUUAGAUGUCUGAAAUGCCCUGUCGCCGCUCAUUGGGGAUGCCUCGCGCGGACCCAGCAGGAUGAGAUAUUGAAGGCUAUGCGAGAAAAAGAUCGAGCUCAACCCUCGGAAGAUGGCAGGCAAGAAGCCGGAGACGGUCCUGUAUCCCAGAGUGCGACGGCAGCUAAGCCCAAGAAGCACGCCGGCUUGGACGUUCUCGAGACAACAGAGUUUCUCUGUGGCUCUUGCACCAAAGGAGGCGUCUGUAUGGGCUGCAUGGAAGACAUCCUAGACGGAUCGUCUGACUCGGUUCGAGCCUAUCCCGGCCGGAGUCCGACCACGCCCCUUCUCAACACGGGCGAGAGCGCCGACGUCGAGAUGAAAGAUCUCAUAUCAGAUUCUGCGGAGGAAGGUGCCAAAGCCAGUCCUCGAGAGCUCCUUUUUCGCUGUUUCACGUGUAAACGUGUCGCACAUUAUGCACACUUGCGGACGCCCAGCGGUUUCGAUGACACGGAGGGACAUCCCACAGCCGUCGAACUGGCGGAGUAUUAUCAAGCUGGCACCAAAUGGCUUUGUGCCGACUGUGUAUCGUACACGUUCUCCUUGGACAAGAUUCUCGCGUGGCGGCCGUAUCCGCCAACAGCAGCGAUACCUUCCGGACCUACCAGGGAUGUGCCGAACUACAGGAGCAACUUACCACGCGAAUAUCUUGUGAAGUGGGCUGACCGGAGCUACAGGCGAUUAACGUGGGUACCGCACAUGUGGCUCGCCACGAUGCAUGGGCAGAAGUUGAAGAACUUCAUCGAGACUGGACCCAAGGUUCCGUUGUUGUCAGAACCGUUACCGGAAGCCAAUGGGCCAACCACGAAGACCGCUCAAAAUAGCGAGGAAGAAGUAGAGAAUAAUGCAUUGGAGUCGUCACCUCCCACUGCUGUUACGAAUGACGAAGUUCCAUCAAAUAGGAUUACCUUUAUUCCGGGGCUCCCCCCUCCCCCCUUAUCAGACGCUGAAAGGCGGAUACCUUCGUCAUGGAAAACAGUAGACCGUGUAUUGGAUGCCUUAUUCUGGUGCCCUAGCAAGAGAGACGGUACGAAGAAGCAAGGAGGUCGGAAAAAGCAGUCUACAAGGCGGAAGGCAAGGAAGCGAACAUCGGAAGAUACUGAUGAUGAGCUGUUGGACGAAGAAUACGACGAGGCGCGAUAUACAGACGAGCGAGAUGCUGCAUUUGACCAGGGGGAACAACCUAGCGCGGAUCUCACCGAGACCUUGGAUGAAUGGGAAGAAAGGACUGGGCACACGCUCACGGUCGAAGAUGUGGAUAAGCUCAUUGAUCGAGUUGUGUGGGCCUUCAUUAAGUGGGAUGAUAUGGGAUACGAGGAAGCUACAUGGGAUUCGCCUCCUCGCAGAGGGGAAUCCGGCUGGGAAGCGUUCAGAAAAGCAUUCGAGCGCCUGAUUGCCUCUCGAGAUGUGGUCGUCCACAUGACCACAAAAGCUGCGGCCCCCAGGGCCAAGGAUCAAUUUAGAAGACAAUUCGCGUUCAAGGAUGGUGCUCAACCUUCUUUGGGGCAAAGCAGCGAUCUGAAAUUAAUGCCCUUCCAAGUUGAUGGUGUCAAUUGGCUGUGCAAUAACUGGUGGAACCUGCAGCAUUGCAUCCUUGCGGACGAAAUGGGUUUGGGAAAAACCGUGCAAAUUGCGGCGUUCAUUGGUACAGUAGCGGAAAGAUGGGAAGCCUUUCCUGCUCUAAUAGUAGUGCCAAACUCGACCAUCACGAAUUGGGUCCGCGAGUUCGAGCGAUGGGCACCGAGACUACGGGUCGUUCCGUUCUAUGGGGAGGCUAAAGCGCGCGAGGUUAUCAAGCACUAUGAAUUGACUCACAGUUUGAAGUCGGCCAAGACCACUGGCGCGAAAUAUCAUGUGCUGAUAACGACCUACGAUACGGUUACCAAUCCCAAAGAUUUCGCGAGUGUAUUCAAAAGCACGCCCAGGUGGGAAGUCCUUGUCGUUGAUGAAGGACAGCGAUUGAAAGGCGAUGGGAGCUUACUGUUUAAAAAACUGAAGCAACUCAACACGGUUCAUCGCGUCUUAAUGACUGGAACCCCUCUCAACAAUAAUAUGCGAGAACUGUUCAAUCUCAUGAACUUCUUAGAUCCCGUGGAAUGGCAGGACCUGGAGAAAUUAGAGAAAGAGCAUGAGGUGCUUACCGAGGAGCUUGUCCGAGAGCUGCACCAGAGGUUGAGGCCAUAUUUCCUGCGCCGCACCAAAUCAGAGGUGCUCCCCUUGCCUCCCAAGAACGAGGUCAUCGUGCCAGUGUCCAUGACGCCUCUUCAAAAGGAAAUCUAUCGCUCUAUUCUAAGCCAGAACUUCAAAGUUCUACAAAGCUUAACCCAAGCAUCCAAGAGUGAUGGCACUGCGACCAAAUCAAACAUGAAUAACAUGUUGAUGCAACUGCGGAAAUGUCUCCAGCAUCCGUAUCUUGUCAGCGAUAACAUCGAGCCGCGGGGUCUACCUCCAGCGGAGAUGCAUGAGAAGCUUGUUGGUGCUAGCGCCAAAUUGCGUUUGCUCAAGAACAUGCUGCCUAAGUUGAAGGCCCGAGGUCAUCGAGUCUUACUGUUCAGUCAGUUCACCAUUGCACUUGAUGUGAUCGAAGACUUCCUUGCAGGGGAAGGUUACAAGUAUCUACGACUGGAUGGAAACACGAAGCAAGCGGAUCGGCAGAAAGGGAUGGAUGAAUUCAACCGACCGGGAUCCGAUGUGUUCAUAUACAUCUUGUCUACUCGUGCUGGAGGGGUUGGAAUCAAUCUAUGGAGCGCUGACACUGUCAUUAUCUUCGACCCGGAUUUCAAUCCACAUCAGGAUUUACAAGCGAUUGCCCGCUCUCACAGGUAUGGGCAGACGAAACCUUGUCUGGUGUUCAAAUUAUUGGUCAAGGAUUCUGCCGAAGAGCGCAUCAUGCAGACUGGCAAGAAGAAGCUUGUCCUGGAUCACCUAAUCGUGCAAAAGAUGGACGACGACGAAACCGGUAAGGAGGACGUCCAGUCUAUACUGCUGUUCGGAGCGAAAGCCCUCUUUGAGGAGGGCACCGACGACUCAUCCCGGGAUAUCAAUUAUACCGAUCAAGACUUAGAGAAGUUGAUCGAGAAGACGGAGACAGAAGGCGAGCAUGUCGACCAGGAGAAGCAGAAAGACGCUGGCCUUUUCGCCUUCGCCAAGGUGUGGUCCGCUGACAAAGACUCCUUCGAGGAGAUGCCCGACGCAGGAGCUGCAGAGGAAGGUGACUCCUGGGCGCAGACAUUGCAGCGUAUCGUACAAGAGCGGGAAAGGGAACAAGCGCACGAGGUGACCGGUCGCGGAGCUCGACGCAGAACGGCUCUCAUUCCACAGCUGAAAGAUCUCGACCUCGAUGAUUCGCCUGUGAAGGAUGAGAAGGAUAAGAACCGCCGCCGCAAGUCGAAAUCCAAGGCCUCCGACGAUGAAUCCGACGCAUAUACGGGCUCAGUGGGCCGCUCUGAAUCAGAGGCGGAGGUACCUGAUGAUGAAAUCGAUGGAAGGGCACUAUCGCCUUUGGAGGAACCGAAAAAGGCGAAACACGUCAGCUCGUUGGACCUGCCUGUGCCUCUCUCGCCCAUCCAGAAUCAACGACGGCACAAGAAAGAAGAUUUCGAGCGAUGCGGGCUGUGUGGAACAGUUCAUGGUCCUGGGGUCUGCUACAUGACCGAGAGCUCAGAGAACUUGGCCGAAUAUCGCCGGAUGCUCCUCAUUCAUGCUGAUGACGAACCUAUAGAGGAUCGCAAGGCCGCCAUCCAGGUUAUCGACGAGACACUGCACAAACGCGGUAAAAUUGGUCUCAUUCAUGGACAGCCGCUGCUGCUGGUGGAUCCACCCGCCCGCUCGGAGAACAUCCAUCGCGAGAAACCCAGAACUGAUAAGCCCUCUGCUGUGUCCGCCGAAUUGUCAGCAACAGCUGGCCCUUCGUCCGUGAAGGCCGCGGGCGUGGUCGCUGGGCCUUCCAAGAGACCUUCAUCGCCCUUGCAGGGCAGCAACUUGAAGAAGGCGAAACACACGCCCGGUGAUACGCCCUGUGUUAUAUGCGGAAGACUACCUCACCAUCUCGUGAAAGACUGCCCUGUGGUAGCAGAAGGGCCUAAGAGUGUCUCUCGCGAAAUCCAGCGACUUGAUAAUGACCCUAGUCAGUCUCAGACUGUCAGUAUACUCCGGAAGAUCCUAAGCAAACAGAAGAAACGCGAAUUGGCCAACGCAGUAUCAUUGGGGACUGUGGAACCUAUGCUCGUUGAUUAAUUAUAAUUACAGUCCCGGGUGUCCCUUGCUUCGCCACAGGGUAAUUGUAAUUAGUCAUUGCUUAUUAGAGUUUAUUCGUCAUACCUAUUAUCAUUCUACUUGUAGAUUAUUUGAUAGCAUGUAAUUAUAUAAGGCCCUAUGGCCGCGCUCAAGCACAGCAGAACCCGUGGGUCACGGUUGAAUUUUGGCCAUUAACUGUAUCGUUCUGGCG